AUGUCUACCCCGAGUGAUAUCAACCAGUUUAACGCUAUUGUAAAGAGAUCCAGUGACAGAAUCCGUGGAAAUUCUGCCUCACCAACUGACCAACCUGGAGAUGCCAAUACCGAUGCCGCUGGCUCAACUGCGGAUGGCCCCAUGACGGCAAAUGCUAAUACAAACACACCAGGUCCGGCAGGUUGUAAAGGCUCGAAGGGAAAGAAGGCGUCUAACCCUACUGGCAGUCAACCUGGUCCUAACACCUCCAGUUACGCCACCACAGCAGAGGGACAAUCAUCUGCGGAGGAUACGGCAGCAGGCUCAUCAGUAAAAGAUCAAGGCUCUCAAGGAGUGUCUCAAGGAAUAUCUACCAAUUUGGACGCCAACAGUAUGGUCUCUCCGGAAGGUGCAUCUGCUACUACGGCAGGCACUGCCGCCACGGCUCCUGCCAGUACUCUCGCUCCUACCAGUGCUCCAACCCCCACCACGGUCUUACUAUCGAAUCCGGUCAACGGUGGCAAUCCGGUGGGACAAACGGCCCCACUUAUAGCCCCAGAGGUUCUCAACAGAGGAAGCUUCUUGGCGGGCACCAACGCCAUCCUCAGUAGGAUUGACGAAUGCUCUCCCGACACUACUCGAGAAUGGUUACAGUCUAAGGGUUACUCUCUGGUCCCUACGUGCCCCACAUCGGCGGCGAAAGAGGCGGUCAAGACAGGUGCAGUCAACCAACCUGCUUCCAGGGUCGAAUCACGUUCCAGCUCGACCACGACAAAGACCACUCCCGCUCCCCAGGAUCAGGUGGUCUGUCCCCCAGUGACCUCGACUGGUCCUGCACCUGCUGCUACCUCUGCCACAACCACUCAGAACCAUGUCGAUGGGGCGCAAGUAGCUACUGUCGCGGCGAGUAAGAAGCGUGCUCCUCCGGAAGAAGUUUUUGACCUCACUGCCGACGAUGAAUCCCCCACAGCCGAGAAAGCAACUACCACGACGAGCACUAUUAGCCGAUUGGCUAAUAACUCGGGAGGUUCUGGAUACAAUAAACCUACUCACCGGUCCCAGAGCUUCUCUCACCAGCAAUCCUAUACGACCUUACCUGUCUAUGACGGACCUGGUGGUUCCUCGUCCAACACCUUUGAGGAACGACGACCAAACGGUCGCAAUUUUAGGACUAGAGGUCGUCGGGGUAGUUGGGGUGGAAACCAAGGAAACGGAGAUCGUAGCCCUCAGUGUCGUUGCUUCAAUGGCAACAAUGAUUCCUGGAGAAGAGAUGACCGUCGAGAAGACCGAAAUGGUGAAGACCGGGAUAACGCAGGUCCUUCAGGAAAGGCAAAGUGA